AUGACGGACUCAAAGUACUUCACGACGACGAAAAAAGGCGAAAUCUUUGAACUGAAGACGGAGCUGAACUCCGAUAAAAAGGAAAAGAAGCGUGAAGCGGUCAAGAAAGUUAUUGCAUCGAUGACCGUGGGAAAGGAUGUCAGCGCCCUGUUUCCGGACGUCGUCAAUUGUAUGCAGACGGACAACCUCGAGUUGAAAAAGCUUGUCUAUCUCUACUUGAUGAAUUACGCGAAAAGCCAGCCAGACUUGGCAAUUAUGGCUGUCAACACAUUUGUCAAGGACUGUGAGGAUCCGAAUCCUUUGAUCCGGGCUUUAGCUGUACGAACGAUGGGUUGUAUUCGCGUGGAAAAGAUUACCGAGUAUUUGUGCGAGCCGUUACGAAAGUGUAUGAAGGACCAAGAUCCAUAUGUACGGAAAACCGCCGCUGUUUGCGUGGCCAAGCUGCACGAUAUGAACCCUACUUUGGUGGAAGAACAGGGAUUCGUCGAACUCCUGAACGAUCUUCUCUCGGAUGCCAUCCCAAUGGUUGUUGCGAAUGCAGUGGCUGCUCUUUCAGAGAUCAACGAGCAACGUUCCCUCAUUGAGGUCAACUCGCAAAUGGUCAACAAACUUCUAACGGCCCUGAACGAAUGUACGGAAUGGGGACAAGUGUUCAUUCUCGAUGCUCUUGCCGGUUAUGCUCCCCGUGAUGAACGCGAGGCGCAGAAUAUUUGCGAGCGUAUUUCGCCAAGACUUGCCCACGCCAAUGCAGCUGUUGUUCUAUCGACCGUCAAGGUGUUGAUGAAGCUUAUUGAACAAUUGCCCAACGACUCCGACUUUAUCACUCAACUGACCCGCAAGUUGGCACCACCCAUGGUCACGCUUCUCUCCGCCGAACCGGAAAUCCAGUACGUUGCGCUGCGCAACAUCAACCUUAUCGUGCAAAAACGCCCGGACAUCUUGAAGCAAGAGAUGAAGGUCUUCUUUGUGAAAUACAACGAUCCGAUCUACGUCAAAAUGGAGAAGCUCGAUAUUAUGAUUCGGUUGGCCCAGCAAAGCAAUAUUGCGCAAGUGCUGUCCGAACUGAAGGAAUAUGCCACCGAAGUCGAUGUCGAUUUUGUACGAAAAUCUGUCAGGGCUAUUGGAAGAUGUGCUAUCAAGGUCGAGCAAUCUUCGGAGCGUUGCGUACAGACACUUCUUGAAUUGAUCCAGACCAAAGUCAACUAUGUCGUGCAAGAAGCUGUUGUGGUGAUCAAGGACAUUUUCCGAAAAUAUCCUAACCGCUACGAAUCGAUCAUCUCAACGUUGUGCGAGAAUUUGGAUACGCUUGAUGAGCCCGAGGCCCGCGCAUCCAUGAUCUGGAUUAUUGGAGAAUAUGCCGAGCGCAUUGACAACGCCGAUGAAUUGCUAGAAAGCUUCCUAGAUGGAUUCCACGAUGAGAAUACCCAGGUUCAACUUCAACUCCUGACGGCCGUCGUCAAGUUGUUCUUGAAGAGGCCGCAAGACACGCAACAAUUGGUGCAGAAGGUGCUCUCUUUGGCCACGCAGGACUCGGACAACCCGGAUUUGCGUGAUCGUGGAUACAUCUACUGGCGUUUGCUAUCCGCUGACCCGGCUGCUGCGAAGCAAGUCGUACUUGCUGAGAAGCCAUUGAUUAGUGAGGAGACUGACCUACUGGAGCCGUCGCUGCUGGACCAGCUUGUGUGUCACAUCGGAACGCUGGCUUCCGUCUAUCACAAGCCUCCAAACAGCUUUAUUGACACCGCGCGCCAGCCGUUGCGUCAGAUCAAUAAUAGUGCGUCGAACCACACUGCUGCCGCUGCUGCUGACAUUCUAGGAAGUGCUUCCGUCUCUAGUGCUCCACAACCUGCUGUGAUCCCUGCCCAGGACAACCUAAUUGCUGAUCUUCUGUCACUAGACAUUGCUGCGCCGACUCCGGGGGUCAGCGCUGGAAUGAGUGCCGCCCCGAUGCCAACGACUGGCGGUGAUUUCGAUGACCUGCUGGGCGGAAUUGGUGGCGGCAUGGGCGGAGGUGCCGAUUUGUCUGGCCUUGGUGGAAUUGGUGGCGGAAUUGGCGGUGGUCUCGCCGGAUUUGAAGAUGGAAAUCAGGCUGCGGCCGGCAAUGCCGGCAUUGGACUUUCGGACUGGUUUGGUGGCUCCAGCGCUCAAACACAGGGUGUUCAGCUGCCUCGCCAGGUCUGGCUCGAUGCCGCAGCUAACAUGGGUCUUCAACUUGAAGGAACCGUUGUGCGAAGAAACGGAAUGAUCACUUUGGACAUGACGAUCACAAACAAAGCGAUGCAAGCAAUGUCCGGAUUCGCUGUCCAGUUCAACAAGAAUUCAUUCGGUCUGCUUCCGGCCGAGCCGCUCCAGGUUAACGCUCCGUUGUUCCCUGGGCAGACUAUCAAUGUCUCGCUCCCUUGUAACACUGAUGGGCCAGUGCAGCGGAUGGAUCCGUUGACUAAUCUGCAGAGU